AAAAAAUACAAAUUUUGAUGAUUGAUCUACAACAAAGUAAUGUAUCGGUACUUGUCACGCUGGAAUCAAAUAAACACGCAAAAUGUACAACACCAAAACGAAAAACAGUUCACACACAAAGUAGUAGACCUUAAGACCUUAAACACAAGCAGAAACACAAAGAGUAUAUAUCUAACUACGGAAAGAUUCCACAAUUGUAGCAAAGGGCAAGUUUCAGACAAAGCUGGAAAGAAGACGAAGUCCACCUUUUGCGCCAUUCGCCUGAUCUAUUCAAAGGCUUAAAGAUGCCAAGCGAAAUAAUUACACUACAGCUGGGACAAUGCGGCAACCAAAUUGGAUUUGAAUUUUGGAAAAGAUUGUGCCUGGAGCAUGGCAUUUCGCCCAGCGGCGUGUUGGAGGACUUUGCCACAGAUGGUAUGGACCGCAAGGAUGUGUUUUUUUACCAAGCAGACGAUGACCACUACAUUCCGAGGGCCGUGCUGCUGGACCUGGAGCCGAGGGUGAUCAACACCAUAAUGAGUUCCGCAUAUUCCAAGCUCUACAAUACGGAGAAUGUAUACCUAUCAAAGCACGGUGGUGGCGCCGGCAACAACUGGGCAUCUGGCUACAGUCAGGGCGACAAACUUCAAGAGGAAGUAUUCGACAUCAUAGAUCGCGAGGCCGAUGGGAGCGAUUCGCUCGAGGGCUUCAUACUGUGCCAUUCCAUUGCCGGCGGCACGGGUUCUGGAAUGGGCUCUUUUAUAAUGGAACGCCUGGCAGAUCGCUUUCCAAAGAAACUUAUUCAGACUUUCAGUGUUUUCCCCAACCAGGACGAGAUAAGUGAUGUUGUGGUGCAGCCGUACAACUCACUUCUGACUCUACGCCGCCUGACCAGUGCUGCAGAUAGUGUCGUCGUCCUGGACAACACGGCUCUAAACCGGAUUGCCUGCGACCGCUUGCACAUCCAAAAUCCCAGUUUCUCGCAAAUCAAUAACCUGGUUUCCACCAUCAUGAGCGUUAGCACCACCACCCUGCGCUACCCUUCUUAUAUGAACAACAAUCUCAUCGGGCUAAUGGCUCCGCUGAUCCCGACACCCCAGCUCCAUUUCCUUAUGACUGGCUACACGCCACUGACCGGUGAUUCGGAUGUCAAUAGCCUGCAGACUGUGAAUGUGCGCAAGACCACCGUAUUGGACGUGAUGCGACGCUUGCUUCAGCCCAAGAAUAUGAUGGUGUCGACGGGGCCGGACAAGACGAACCACCACUGCUACAUCUCCAUUCUAAACAUCAUUCAGGGCGAGGUGGAUCCCACUCAAGUGCACAAGUCGCUACAACGCAUUCGGGACCGCAAGAUGGCACAGUUCAUCCCUUGGGGUCCUACUUCCAUCCAGGUGGCCCUAUCCCGUUCCUCGCCGUACGUGCAGAGCAACCAUCGCGUGUCCGGUUUGAUGCUGGCCAAUCACACCAGCAUCUGCUCGCUCUUCGAGCGGGCACUUAACCAGUACGACAAGCUGCGCAAGCGCGGCGCUUUUCUCGACCAAUUCAAGCGGGAGGACAUAUUCAAGGAAGACCUGAAUGAACUUGAUGAAUCUCGUGAGACGGUGGACUGCUUAGUGCAGGAGUAUGAAGCUGCGACACGCGCCAAUUAUUUGGAAUUUUCAGUUAAGCGAACAUCAGAAGAAGAAGACCCCAGGACUCCUGACGACGCCAAGUCGGUAGCUGGUGGUAGCGGCUAGCUCGGUGCUGCCGUUCCUCUGAUUGGGUGCCAUUAAAAUCAUCGAAUGUAAUUAAAGAAGUACAUCAAAAUUGCUAAACACA